CCCCCGCGCAGCAUGGCCGAGCCGCCCGCGGCAGCGCCGGCCCCCGAGGGCGAGGAGGGCCCGGUGCGCUUCGCCCGCAAGGGCGCCCUGCGGCAGAAGAACGUGCACGAGGUGAAGAACCACAAGUUCACGGCGCGCUUCUUCAAGCAGCCCACCUUCUGCAGCCACUGCACCGACUUCAUCUGGGGCUUCGGCAAGCAGGGCUUCCAGUGUCAAGUUUGCUGCUUUGUGGUGCACAAGAGGUGCCAUGAAUUCGUCACCUUCUCCUGCCCCGGUGCUGACAAGGGCCCUGCCUCGGAUGACCCCCGGAGCAAACACAAAUUCAAAAUCCACACGUACUCCAGCCCCACCUUCUGUGACCACUGCGGGUCCCUGCUCUACGGGCUCAUUCACCAGGGCAUGAAAUGUGACACCUGCAUGAUGAACGUGCACAAGCGCUGCGUGAUGAACGUGCCCAGCCUGUGCGGGACCGACCACACGGAGCGCCGGGGCCGCAUCUACAUCCGCGCCGACAUCGACAAGGACGUGCUCACCGUCGUAGUAAGAGAUGCUAAAAACCUAGUUCCUAUGGACCCUAAUGGCUUGUCAGAUCCCUACGUGAAGCUUAAGCUAAUCCCUGACCCCAAAAACGAAAGCAAACAGAAGACCAAAACUAUCAAGUGCUCCCUGAAUCCCGAGUGGAACGAGACAUUUAAAUUCCAGCUGAAGGAGGCAGACAAGGACAGGAGGUUGUCUGUGGAGAUCUGGGACUGGGAUCUGACCAGCAGGAACGACUUCAUGGGCUCCCUGUCCUUUGGCAUCUCUGAGCUGCAGAAGUCAGGCGUGGAUGGAUGGUUCAAGCUGCUCAGCCAGGAGGAGGGCGAGUAUUUCAACGUCCCCGUGCCUCCCGAGGGAGAGGAAGGAAACGAGGAGCUGAGGCAGAAGUUUGAGAGAGCCAAGAUUGGCACGGGCUCCAAGGCUGCGGAUGAGAAGACACGAAAUGCCAUCUCCAAACUGGACAACAACGGCAGCCGGGACCGCAUGAAGCUCUCGGACUUCAACUUCCUGAUGGUGCUGGGCAAAGGGAGCUUUGGGAAGGUGAUGCUGGCAGAGAGGAAGGGCACGGACGAGCUGUAUGCUGUGAAGAUCCUGAAGAAGGACGUGGUGAUCCAGGACGACGACGUGGAGUGCACCAUGGUGGAGAAGCGCGUGCUGGCGCUCUCGGGGAAGCCUCCCUUCCUCACCCAGCUGCACUCCUGCUUCCAGACCAUGGAUCGCUUGUACUUUGUGAUGGAAUAUGUGAACGGUGGGGACCUGAUGUACCAGAUCCAGCAGGUCGGGAGGUUCAAGGAGCCCCACGCUGUGUUCUACGCAGCAGAAAUAGCCAUCGGGCUGUUCUUCCUGCAGAGCAAAGGCAUCAUUUACCGGGACCUGAAGCUGGACAAUGUGAUGCUGGACAGCGAGGGGCACAUCAAGAUCGCCGACUUUGGCAUGUGCAAGGAGAACAUCUGGGAUGGGGUCACCACCAAGACCUUCUGUGGCACCCCGGACUACAUCGCGCCCGAGAUCAUUGCCUACCAGCCCUACGGGAAGUCAGUGGAUUGGUGGGCGUUUGGAGUGCUGCUCUAUGAGAUGCUGGCUGGCCAGGCCCCCUUUGAGGGAGAAGAUGAAGAUGAGCUCUUCCAGUCCAUCAUGGAGCACAACGUCGCCUACCCCAAGUCCAUGUCCAAGGAGGCCGUGGCCAUCUGCAAAGGGCUGAUGACCAAGCACCCUGCCAAGCGCCUGGGCUGCGGCCCCGAGGGGGAGCGGGACAUCAAGGAGCACGCCUUCUUCCGCUACAUCGACUGGGACAAGCUGGAGCGCAAGGAGAUCCAGCCCCCCUUCAAGCCAAAGGCUAAGGACAAACGCGACACUUCCAACUUCGACAAAGAGUUCACCCGGCAGCCGGUGGAGCUGACGCCCACGGACAAACUCUUCAUCAUGAACUUGGACCAGAACGAGUUUGCUGGCUUCUCCUACACCAACCCCGAGUUUGUCAUUAACGUGUAGUCGCGGCGCAGCCCUGUCCUCGCUGUCCCUCGCCAGGUGGCCCUGUACAUAGGACACUAGUCUUCCGGGAUUAGCAGUGCAGACACACGUCCCCUCCCGCCCAACACGCCGGCCGCUUCUCCCCGGAGCCUCUCCGUGUCCGUGCCACUCGCUAGCUUGGCUUCCCUAGCCGGAGUGUCCGGGGUGCCAGUUACCGGUCAGUGAUACUUCUAGGAACUAUAGUUGGUGGUGACUAAUAGAGUUUUUAAACAGAAAUAUACCAAACCGCUACGGUCUCUGUAAUUUUCGCAGCGGGACGCUGAGAUCCCGGUGGCCCAGCUAGUCCCAAAGCGUUGCUGUGGAAUGCUAAGCAUGGUUGAUCGCUUAAAGCGUUGUGCUGAAGCUUGCGAUGAGUGUGA